AUGUACGGACCGAGGCCUCAAUCUUUCGAUUUGGAGGAUGGCGGGGAAAGGUAUUAUAUCGGAUUUGAAAUCGGCCACUACUUGAAGCUUGCGCGUGGCACUUUCUACAAGAAGUAUCCCCUUCUAUGGAAACGAGUGGCGACAAUGGAGGAGAAAGGGCGAAUCAAAAGCAUCAAUGCGUCACCCGCCUUCCUUGCUGCAAAUAUCAUGCUUGUCAGACAAACGGAGAUAGACGAAGUGUUAGCGGGGAAAGACGAAAAGUACAAGGGAAUCGGUGGGCAAUCGACACCGCGCGCAGAAGGAGAGUUCACCUCGUCGAAGCCGAAUCCGCCAAAGACUCCAGUAAUCAGUGGAUUAAUUGGGCGAAAUGUAGUAUCUGGCUCACAUCACCUAGAGGCUGUGCCCGCAUCUCAUCCAUCAGCAUACGGACGCGGGAAGUGCAAACAAAUCGAAACAAUAUAUUCCACGGAUGAUUUGGGACAAGCUCAAAGAUUGAUGGAGAAUGCCGAGCAACUGGAAGUUUUGAUGCCGAUUCGAUUGGAUAUGGAAAUCGACGGGAUCAAGUUGAGAGACACCUUUUGCUACAAUAGAAGCGAACAACUCAUCACUCCGAAUCUUGUGGCCGAGCGGCUAUGUACGGACCUCGGCUUACCACUCGCUUCUUUUCAAUCAGCCAUUUCUGCUGCCAUUUUUCAACAAAGUGAAGCAGCGGAAGAGAUGCAGCAAGGUCCAUCAGAAGUCACCGACCAACGAACAAUUCUUAAGUUGAACAUCAACGUCGGCAAUCAGAUUUUGAUCGAUCAGUUUGAAUGGGACCUGAGCGACCCAAGCAACAAUCCUGAGGAUUUCGCGGAGAAUCUCUGCGCCGAGUUGGGUCUUGGGGGUGAAUUUCGAUCUGCCAUCUCAUACUCUAUUCGUGGUCAAUUAAAUUGGCAUCAAAAAACACACUCCUUCUUUGAAUCGCCACUUCCCGCUGUUUAUUGUCCAUUCAGAAAUCCAUCCGACUGUGAGCAAUGGGGACCUUGCCUGGAGACGCUAACCGAUGCGGAAAUCGAUAAAAUGAUGCGAGAUCAGGAUAGAAAUACGCGAAGAAUGAGAAGACUUGUCGGGAGCCAUAAUCCUUUU